AUGGCUGUACAAUUAAAGUCACAUACUGAGAGCCUUCGAUCAGUUUUUAACAAGUAUGCGAGUGUUAACACUAAUGGACAAUUGUAUAUGACACCGAAAGACUUUGUUGUCAGAUAUUUACAUUUAUUCGAUGAAGAGAAUUAUAAUGAUUCAUCGGUGGCUUGUAUUGCCAGUGCUGCAGAUACUGCGAAAGAUGGACUGAUUUCAUUUGAAGAAUUUCUUGCCUUUGAAGCACUUCUUUGUACUUGUGAUUCUUUGUAUACAUGGGCUUUUGAAUUAUUCAAUCGAGAUGGUCACGGAAGUAUAUCAUUCGAAAAUUUCAAGAAUACACUUAAUCUGACAACAGUGAAUAAAAAUUUCGCCUUCGAUUUCAAUUGUGAUUUUAUCAAUUUGCAUUUUGCUCAAGAUAGAUCACGUAAAAUUAACUACGAUGAAUUUACACAAAUAAUUCAUGAUUUCAAUGAUGAACAUGCUAUACAAGCAUUUCAACAAUUAGAUGAAGAUAAGACAGGAACAAUUACAGUGAAUCAAUUUGUAGAUGUUAUCAUACAAUUAAAAAGUCAUUUAUUAACUGAUUUUAUUAAAGAAAAUCUACUCACAGUAGCUUUACAUGGUGAAACAGAUGGACGAAUUACGUUCGCCUAUUAUAUGGCUUUUAUCACAUUGUUAUCGAAUAUGGAAUUGGUUAAAAAAGUAUAUCUAAGUAGAACACAUGGAAAUGCUAAAACAGAAUUAACAAAAGAGGAAAUGCUGAAUGAAGCUCAACAUUUUUCACAAAUUACCCCUAUGGAGUUAAGUAUUUUAUUUCAACUGUCAUCCCUUCUUCGACAAGAUGGACGCAUUAAUUAUCAUGAUUUAUGUACUCUAACGCCUAUCGAGGAUAAUUCCACUUUACAUUAUAUGAAGUCAAGACUUCAGGAUGUACAUAUAAGUAAAACAGAUACUGUGCAUGGACGGAGUGCAUUAAUGUCUGUACUUGAACAAGUCUAUCGAUUUACUCUAGGAUCUGUUGCUGGAGCAUUUGGUGCUACUGCUGUUUAUCCUAUUGAUUUAGUUAAAACAAGAAUGCAAAAUCAACGUACUGGAUCAACAAUUGGUGAACUUAUGUAUAAAAAUAGUUGGGAUUGUUUUCGAAAAGUUAUACGAUACGAAGGUUUCACUGGCCUGUAUCGAGGUCUAGGACCACAACUGUUAGGUGUUGCCCCUGAAAAAGCUAUCAAACUAACUGUCAACGAUAUAGUUCGUGAUCAAUUCACUAAACCAAAUGGUGAUAUUUCAAUAUAUGCAGAAAUUCUAGCUGGAGGUUGUGCUGGUGGUAGUCAAGUGAUAUUUACCAAUCCAUUGGAAAUUGUUAAGAUAAGACUUCAAGUUGCUGGAGAAAUUGCUAGUACAAAGCGUAUAUCAGCUUUUUCAGUUAUUAAAGAAUUAGGCUUUUUUGGACUUUAUAAGGGAUCACGUGCCUGUUUUCUUCGUGAUAUUCCAUUUUCGGGCAUUUAUUUCACCGCCUAUAACAAUUUAAAAAAGUAUUUUUCUGAUGAAGAUGGGUGUAAUUCACCAGCUACCCUGUUGUUAGCUGCAACUUUGUCCGGUGCACCAGCUGCAUUUUUCACGACUCCAGCAGAUGUUAUAAAAACAAGAUUACAGAAACACUACAAUGGUGCAUCUAAUUUUAUCAAACAUUUAAAAAGGAGUAUUUUCAAGAAAUAAAUAUAAAAAACAACAGCAACAACAAAAACAAAGAAAAACACAAAAAUAACAAAAAACACGAAAAAAAUACCAAGUAGAAAGGAAAAUAAACAACAUGAUAAAUAAUAUCUCAGUAUUGGGUAGUGGAAGCUAUGAUAUGUUUAUGCGUGGUGAACAGUAAAGCUAUGAUCAUACAAGAAGUUAUGAGAUGUUCUUAAGAAUGUUUAUAGCCAAGAUGAUCAGUUAAUUUGAUUGAACAACACUGAACAAUCAUAAAAUAAACAUUUCAGAAUUCUUUUUAUUGUCAGCUCUAAUGCGGUGUUUGUAGUGAUAGUGUGAGUAAUCCUGCAUAAUACAAAAUUUUUAAGAUGGUAAUAAUGGAAUUCACAACCAAGAUUGUCAGUCAAUA